UUUAUUUUAUUUUACUUUAUUUCAGAAGCACGUUUAUUUCAUUUCGUUGUUCAAAAACAAAAUUAAUUUUAGUUUCCUCAGUUUGAAUAGCUUGAAUUCAGCUCGAAAAUUCUUGCUUGCAGAUUUCAAGUCGAGACAGGAAUUCUGCACAACAAAAUUUCUAAGGGGGUUGCUAUCUGGAAAAUUUAAAGAGUCACCACUAAAAUUAUUUAUUUUAACUUUAGUCGUUUCGGAAGAUUUAAAGCUACGGAAAGCGAGACCUUUGGAGAGAUCGAGAGCAAGUGGAGCUGUUGUUGUGCAGUUCCAAGACUAGGGAUGAUCGCGUUGAGUGUAGAAACGGCUUUAGUCAGACGACUCGUGACCUUUCUGCACUCAACUACUGUCUGCUUCUCUCCGUCAUGUGCUGGUUUGCCGCGCUUUCGGUUUGUUUACCUACCUAUAUUUUGCGUUCAAAGAACAAAAAUAACACUUCUCAUUCUCCUCACUCUAGUUUUUGCUUCAGUAUUCUGUGAUAUCUUGUCCAGUGAGUUAGUUCCUCAAUGUUCCUUUAUUCAUUGUGAUCGGUCCUAAAACAUGGAUGCAAGUAACAGUGAUUUAGUCACACGCGGUACGAGAAGAAUACGGCGUGAAGGAAAUUACCAACGAAACAAAAUUCGUAAUUCAAAAGUCCAUGGAGUGGAGUAUAUCAACUGGUCUGGGAAACAAGUAGCAAGACGUGAAACAGGACCAAACUGCAGGUAUGUAAAGGUCAUUUAAUUAUUAUUUUUGUAAUAUUGUGAAGUUAUGCUAAUAUCUAUCUAUCUAUAUGCAAAACGAUUAAAAGUGAUCAGUGAAGUUAAAAUUUACUUUUUUUCCAGCAGCAGAUCGAGAAAGCGGACAAAAAUCAUCACGCCCAAGAAAGGAAGUUCCGAAGGCAAGAAGCUGCAAUUUCAGGAAGGUUCAUCAGAGCAAUGUCAGACGUCGAAUCACGAGGAAGAAGGAGCAAUGAACAUGGAAGAAGAAUUCAUCCAUUCACAAAAACGGAUGCUUUCAAAACCUAUACCUUCAACAGUUCCGAAGAAGAAACCGAUGAAAAAGAAGACAGUCAGUUGCUUACCAAUCAUCGAAUGUAUAAUUACACUAAUUCAAACUCAAAUAAUACGGAAAUGCGAAUUACCGCAAUUAAUGAGAAAAAUUUCGAUGAAAGUAUAUUGCAUGAAAAAGCCUUAUCCCCAGAUAUGGGAGAACUGUUUGCCAAUUGUAUCACCACUAUUAUCGACAACAACAAACUUGACAGAGGAUACGAUAGAUUCUACGAUGAACUCUAUAUUAGACAAAGAUUUUUACACGACGUGUGGUACCCUCGAGGAUAUCGAAAUUAUAGAGACAUGUGUACGUACGUGUAUCAACGAUUGUCUAAACUCAACAGAUCAGACGGAUUCCUCUACGUCUUUAAACACAACUUCAGAACACCGCAUAUUCACUGCAUCCACGACUGCGCCUACAGCAACUCAUCGUGCCGAUGUCCAGUUAUAUCAGACAUCAGCAGACUUUUCGGCAAAAGACGAAAAAACCACGGAAAUAUAUCAGACGAAUCGUCCAACGAGGACAUACCUCUCACACAGCCCGCUAUAUCCAAAAUAUCCAACAUUAUUCAACGCUGGAAGGACGGGAGAGGAUGUUGUUCUCGAUCGGAGGCAUAUCCUGGAACACACCUGAUCCAAAUAAGAAUAAUGCCAUAUGCCGCUGCCAAGAAACUGGAACGCAAUCGGAGAUAUACACCAACGACUUAGUUGAUCCUUUUUGCGACGUUGCCCUGAGUUACCCAUCGCUUUUCCUCUUAUAUCUCGUCGACGGCUCGGUCGAUUUUCAUAAGAGGCGAAUUUUUUUUAUUAAUUUUCCAUCUAAUUCGGUUCAAAAAGGACGUAAAAACGUUAGAAGUAAAAAAAUCAACCGAGCCGUCCACCAGAUGUAAGAGGAAAAGCGGUGGGUAACUUAUUCCCACCACCAGCCCUUUCCUUUUUUCUUUGAAUGUAAUGAAAUACCAUCCGUCGGCAUAAAUCAUUGUUGUUUAGUGUUUCGUUGGUUAUACUUCGUCAACAUGGCUUACCGUUGUAGAAUGGAGUUUUUAAAUAGUUUAAAAUCCAUCGCCACAAAGAAGAAAACAACAAAUAUUAAUAAAAACAGGUUAGUAGAUUUUCAUUAUUCUAUUAAUUAUUGUAAUCUAGUUAUGUUUAAAAUAAAUAAACAUUUACAUACUUAACUAUUUUCAAAUAUUUAUAGCUUAAAUUCAAAAUUAACUGUACUGGAGUCAAAAUUUCUAACCACAGAUAAAAGUAUUUGUGUACUAGUUUUCAUUUAAUAUGCAUCGUUUAGUUUUACAUCGCCGCAGGAUGAAGUUACACCUAAAACUGAAGUUGAUAGUGUCAACAAAGUGGACCAUAUAAAAAAACUUGAAGCUAGUGCAAGCAAUGAGGAGUAUCCAAAAUCCUGUGAAGCUCUACCAGAUUUUUCGGAGUCAGACACGGACAGUAACGAUCAUAAGGUAUUAACUUUUACAGAAUGCUAUUAUAACACAAUUGCAUUUCGUGUCAUUUAAUUGCUUAAUGUUUUAAGCGGUUGAGAUAGUAAUUUUUUGCGCAUUAAUUUAUAUAGAUAAAUCUAAUGAAAAACGUAUAUCAAAAGGAUUAAAUUCACUAGUUUCGUGGUC